GGGCGGAAAGCGGGCGGCGCCGAGCUGAGCUGGCGGGGGACGAGCUCCCGGAUGUGGAGAAGCUGGGGAGAAGGCGUGGGAGGAAGAUGGACUCGGUGGAGAAGGGGUCCGCCACUUCCGUCCCCAACCCGCGGGGGCGGCCGUCUCGGGGCCGGCCUCCGAAGCUGCAGCGCAACUCCCGCGGCGGCCAGGGUCGCGGCGUGGAGAAGCCUCCGCACCUGGCGGCGCUCGUGCUGGCCCGCGGCGGCAGCAAAGGCAUCCCCCUGAAGAACAUUAAGCACCUGGCGGGGGUCCCGCUCAUUGGCUGGGUCCUGCGUGCGGCCCUGGACUCGGGGGUCUUCCAGAGCGUGUGGGUUUCAACAGACCAUGAUGAAAUUGAGAAUGUGGCCAAGCAAUUUGGUGCACAAGUUCAUCGAAGAAGUUCUGAAACUUCCAAAGACAGCGCUACCUCGCUAGACGCCAUUGUAGAAUUUCUUAAUUAUCACAAUGAGGUUGACAUCGUAGGAAAUAUUCAAGCUACUUCUCCAUGUUUACAUCCUACUGAUCUUCAGAAAGUCGCAGAAAUGAUUCGAGAAGAAGGAUAUGAUUCUGUUUUCUCUGUUGUGAGACGCCAUCAGUUUCGAUGGAGUGAAAUUCAGAAAGGAGGUAAAUCUGUUUUCAUUCUUUAUUUUAACUUAUUUUUACUGAGAAUCAGUGCUUUUAUAUGUAAAUAUUCUUUAGGAGAAAGAGAAAAAGGAGCCAUAGAGAGUGUUUCAUUAUGA